UCUUUGCCAAAGGCAAACGUUGAGCAUUUCAGAGCCAUGAGGGUGCUUCUGCAUCUGAGUUUGCUAGCUCUUGGAGCUGCCUACGUUUGUGCCAUUCCCACAGAAAGUCCCAUGAGUACACUGGUGAAAGAGACCUUGGCACUGCUUUCCACCCAUCGAGCUCUGCUGAUAGACAAUGAGACUCUGAGGAUUCCUGUUCCUGUACAUAAACAUCACGAAUUAUGCACUGAAGAAAUCUUUCAGGGAAUAGACACACUGAAGAAUCAAACUGAACAAGAGAAUGCUGUAGAAAAACUAUUCCAAAAUUUAUCUGCAAUUAAAAAUUACAUUGACCUCCAAAAAAAAAAGUGUGGAGAAGAAAGACGGAGAGUAAAGCAAUUCAUAGACUACCUGCAAGAGUUUCUUGGUGUGAUAAACACCGAAUGGACAAUAGAACGUUGAGAUGAAACUGGUUUAUUGUAGCCAAAGAGUUUGGAGGAGGAGGACGUCUUAUUGCAAAGAGAAUGAAGGCCAACAAAGGGUGGGAACUUAAUUUUCAGUGUAAUGAAACCUCAGAGGCAAAGUCAACAUUUUAGGCAUACUGAUACUUCAUCUCACCAAGCAGAAUGCAUAAAAUAUUUGAGAUACAGUUCAGAUAUCAGAAUCAUUGAAGUAUUUUCCUCCAGUUUGUUCCAGUCAAAAUUGAUAUAUGCAUUUUUCUUAUUUAACGUAACAUUCUGUAAAAUGUCUGUUAACUUAAUAUUAUUUAUGAAAUAAUUAAUAAUUUGAUAAGUUAAUAUUUAUUUGAUUUUAUGUUGCGUUCCAAUAAAACAAAAAUAGACAACCGU